CACAAAAAUUUAAACAAAUACACACAUAUAAACAAACAAACAUACAUCAUAGCUUUUAUAAACCUUGAUCUAAUUAAUAUUGUUUAGUGACUUCCUCAUGUCCUCCUGGUUGGAUUUCAAUAUAUAUCAUUUUAACGGUUUUCCAAAUCAAUGUUCUUAUAAAAUUAACUUUUAUCUCUUGACAUCUUUCUUCCCAAUUCAGUAUUAAACCUAUUAAUCCAUCACAUAAUACAUAUUGUAGUUCUAAGCCUGUUCGGUAUUUGCAAGGUUUUCCCAACUAAUUUAACUUAACAUAUUUAACUAAAUAGUCAUUAAAUUUCUUCCAUUCUUCCUGGAACUCCUCCUCCUUCUGGUCGCAGACUAUUCCGGUCAGGUCGGCUAGCUCCGAAAAUUCCAUCAUUUUCAUCUGCCAAUCUUCCACUGUUGGCAUUUCCUGGGUCUUCCAGUUCUUAGCUAGUAAAAUUCAAGCAGCAGUUGUGGCAUCUGCAGAAACGCAUCUUUCUUGACGCUUUUCAUACACUUUCAGAACACGGGCCCUAAUUGUGUCUUUUCAGACUGUUGGUACGGAUGCGCGUUUGUAAACACCUUCAACACAACAAUCUCUGCAAUAAUACUGUGGCCUUGGCUGUUUUCCUAUGUCCUGUGUGAAGACUGAAAUUUCAAUUCAGUGGAGGAAGGUCAAGAUACUGAUAUGCAAGAUAUUAACUGAUAUCCAACAAGGUGCCACUAGCCACAAUCUGGCUGGCUGCAGACUUGGAGAAGCUCUCUCUGACUUUGCUUCCUUUUUUAAAGCCCGAGUUUCAAGGCCCACCUGAGCUGGCUGCGCUCGCCUCCAUGGCAGGGGGCGCUGCAGGGAGGGGGAGGGAGAUGGGCUUUCUUCUUUCUUUUCUCCCCCCCUUCCUAGGCAGGCGUGUGCUUAGCGUAUCACCUGCCACUCAGGGACCUGAUUGAGGUUAUUGACCAUUUUUUGGGGGGAAGGCACUGAGUUGUUGAGCUAUUUUGGGUGUGUGUGACAAAAAAACACUCCAAAAAAUAAAAGCCACUGCCACUCGCAUGUAGCGAUACAGCUAUCUUUACAGUAUGACAUUACAAGCAGUGAUCUAAAACUAUAUUACAAGGCUGCGUGUCUAACCUGUAUUAGGGAUUGGUGCAUAUUACAAAACUCAGACCUGCUCGAUAGAUCUGGAAAGCUACAACAACUGUUAUGGUCGGCAUGCUUACCUAGGGUACGAUAAAGUAAAGAUUCAUAAGAAUUUCUUAAAUCGUCGUUUUAUAAAAAGGUCUCUUUAUAUGAUCUGGGCAAAGUAUGAAGAGCUUUUGGAACCUAAAACACCAUGGUGGAUCUCCCCCCUGGAAGCAUUUGCUGUGAAAAAGAAAAACGUGGAAGAAAAUUGACCGGUAUAUAAAGCACUACUCGAGAGUUUUUGCAGGAGUUUAUAUACCCUCUAUCUUUGUGCUCUUUGCUCUUCUACUUUCAAGGCUUGCUGGGUUCUGGGAGGGAUGGAGUCUGGAGCGCUUUCUAAAGACACCGCUGUUGCGCCUCUGCUGCUGCUGCUACCUCCUCCUAUUAUUUCCCAACUCUUCCCCCCCUCAUCUGCCUACUGAGUCACAUUCUCUAAAAAGGAUUUGUUCAUUACAUUCUCGCCAGAGUAGCCAUGAGAGGGGUCCAGUUUAUCACUUGAAUUGCUCUUGGGAGAUCAGAUCUCUAUUAUCAUAAAGAGCACACACAAAAAGUACAGUUUAAUCAUUUGCAUGUUUUCUUAGCUAUGCCAUGUAUUAUAUCAUGCUGGAUGACACGCUAGAAGGAAAAGCUGAGAUAACCCAGGGGUCAAUUAAGUUGCUUUCUGUGUCCAACGUUUAAAAGUUGUAAAUCUGCGUUUCUUAAAAAUUUUUAUUUUCAGAUUACAAAAAACAAUGAACAAGAGUUCAUAACAACAAUGUUCAUUCCAAUCAGUGAAAUCAACAUGUACAAUGUCCUGUAAUAAACAUUUCAAGUAUUAUUCCAAAAGGUCUUGCCACAUUUUUGUAUGUGUUGAUGGGGGACUUCCUUGUGCCCGGUAUUUUUACAUAAUCCAAUAAAUGGUUGCCAAUUUGUUAUAAAUUGAAAAGAGACAGGUAUUCCCUCUUAGCCAAGAAACCGACAUGCCAAUUCAAAACUGCUAACACAACUGACCUUAUUCUAGUCGAGUGGCUCUCAAAACGUCUUUCUCUGGGCCACACUUUCAGAAUAAAAAUUAGCUCACGUCGCGCCAAUUUUUUAUUGAGAAGAAAAAACAUGAGAAAAUAGAAAGAAACGAACUCUUAGCAGUGCUGAUUUAUAACAUAGCACACAACUACCAUGUAACAUGAUUAUGGGAUAUCCAGAAAGUAUAAAACAAUGCAGCUACAGAAGAACAUGAACUAUUGCCAAAAUAUAAAAUAGUUGUGUCCAGCACUCAGUUUGAACGGCGAUUCUGCAUCACAACGAUGAUUGUCCUCAGCAUCAUUUUUUUUAAAAAAAAAAUACAUACAAACUAUUUAAAAGGCAGGUACAGAAUAAACAUCCAUGAGCCAUCCAGUUCAAUUGUUUUCACAUUUAAUAACCAUAAUACUUAAAUAGAAAGUUGUGUGAAUGCAUGUCGAUAAUAAGAACAACAAAUUCCCUGGAGAAAUUAGGCUUUCUAACUACAUUGUUAAAGUUAUGCCAGAGCUAACUUUUGAAACAAGCUAUUAAAAAUAUUUUCCUAAGCAAAUAAAGCAUAAAGAAAAUGAAGAAAAUAUAAUAGCGAUCGACCAAACUACUGCAACCAAGGAAAAUAAAAAUCCUAUUACCUGAACUGUAUGGAGAGCCAAAUUAUUUGAGUGUACUUUGCACACGUGCACUUACUGUUAUCAGAGAAACGGAGAACUGUAGCGUUGGAAGGGGACCCCAAGGGCUACGUAGUCCAACCCCCAGCAAUACAGAUAGGCUUUCCCAUAUUUUGCAUUUCCCCUGUACUUGACACUUUGAAAGCUACAAUCCUUAAAGGUCAUACAGUCUCCCAACUUGCACCGUGUGACUUACUUCUGAGUAAACAUGCAUAGGCAUACUCUGCAAAUGCUGUUUCGUACAACUUGUGGAAGCAACCAAGUGCUUGAAAUAACACAAGCCACACGUUAAUUGUCUUCAUUGCUUCAUAUACGCGGGCAGAAAUGUUUUUAAGAUGAGGAUGCUACAUAUAUAUUACACAAAAUAAUGGAAAUAAUACUUGACACGGCCUGAUUCUAUGGAUGUCUCCUGCUAUUCCAGUUCUUAAAAUGUGACUGCUGCCCUGCAGUUGAUAAAAAAAUGCUUUGGUCCUAAAAUACACAAAAACCACAUACAAAACUGUGCUUAAGUCAGCAGGCCAUAAACACUGUAUAAAAGGUAAUGCUUUUUUUUAAAUGUAAAGGCAACCUGUAGAGCAAAGCAGCAAGGCAUUUGAUAUUAAAAAGGGGAUAAAAUUGGGAAAUUGCAUAGGACACCUACUUCUUCAUAGUGGAAAAUGUUCAUUGUCUGCAAAAUUGACUGCUAACAUUUGGAAGCGGGUAAGCAAAUAGAGAGUAAUCCAGAAUGUACUUUGGUAAUAACUCUUUGAUAAGCCCCCUUGGAGUCUUACACAGGUAAUAAUGCAAAGUUUCUGGCGUCACUGGCUUAUACCACGAUUGCCGUUCCGGGAACUGCACAAAAGAAGGCGCCCGAACUCUUCCUAGCACGUAAUUGGCGUCCUCAUUUAGUCUUUCGUAGGAGCCAAUGAAAUCGUACCUGACCGCGCAGGGCUGGCACAGGUUGUAGAUGGGCAUCCAGUGCUCAUUCAUCCUCUCCACGUCUUCAUCUAAGAGGUACUGGAUGAAUUCGGAGAAGGUGACGUCGUCGCCGGCGCUUUGCCCAGGGUUCUUCCUGUACCGUUUCACUAUUUCCACACCGUACCUUAACUGGUAUUCUUUGAUCUCCUGAAUUUAUUCCUGUAAGCGGACAGCAGCCUCUCCAUCGGGUCCCGGACAAAGAUGAACUUGAAGUAGUGCUUGAGGCGGUAGCGGAUCUCGUCCGGCUUCAUGUCGCCAAGGAAAACCAGGUCCCUCCUGUGGUCCAUCUUCAGCUGGGUGUUCACGUUCUCCAGGGUGCCGCCCAGCACCUUCAGAAUGCGCUUCCAGUUGGAGCAAGCCACCUUGGGCACGUAGCAGUACAGGAAGCGGUGCUUGUCGCUCACCAGGAGGUGCUUGAGCACCACGCGCCGCUGCGCUGCCGAGAGCUCCCACACGCUCCGAGGGGUGCCCGCUUGCCCGCAGGCGGCCCGGAUGGUCCGGUUGCGGAUGUCGUGUAUCACCUGCGCAGCCACGUCCUCCUCCUCCUCCUUCGCCACCCCGGCGCUGCCACCACGCCUUGCCGGCAGCUCUCCAUGGGCAGGGUGCAGAGGCAGGGGCUUCACCUCUGCCAGGAUGCCCUUCUCAAUCAUCAGGAGCAGGCUGCUCGAUGCCACAAUCACACCAAACAUCAGCAUGGAAGGCAGGAGCUGGCGGGGGCCGCUGCUCCGCGGUCGGGCCCUGGGAGUGGCCCCCGCAGGUGCUGAGGGGCCUGGAGACAUGGCCUGCUGCGUGGCCUCGGGCCAGAGGGGCUGUUGGAUGGGCCGGGUCGGCCCGUCCCUGCCGGCAGCCGCCUGCUUCGCUUCUUGUUGCAGAUCAGCUGGGGCUGCAGCUGUCAGCCUGCCCAGGGCCGGUCAAGGAUGGCAGGACCUGCUCCCUGCAGCUCUGCCUCCCCUCUUCGGUGUCUUCCGGGAGCUCUGGAGGUGGGUGCUGGGCGAGGAGAGCCAGUGCUGCUGCCGGAGGAGGAAGCCCUCAAGUUAGCCUUGCAAACUGGAAACGCGAGGGUUAAUACCACAGAGCAGCCUUCCCCAAACUUCCUUCCUUUCCCCACCAGGAAGCAGAUGUUGCCCAUCAUCUCUGAGCUGUGGGGCCAGGGUUGCUGGGAGCUGUAGUCCAACAAGCCUCCAAGGAGCGGAAAGGGGUGGGCGGUUUGGGAAGUUGCCUCAUUGGCCACAGCCUGGAGGAAAAGCCGUCUGCAGUAUCACUGGAUGCUCUUAAUCUCAUUUUGAAAAGAGAUCCAUCCAUAUUCUGCAAAAAAAACCCUCACCCCAAUCUUUAUACGCUGCUAUACUGAAAUCUUCGAAGUUUCUUUGAUUGUCCUUGAUUGCCGUCAUCUCCUGUCACACCAGGGUGGCAUGACGCUUCCUUUGAGAACCCCUGCUCUAGUCUAUUAUGCUAGGAUUCAACAUUUAAACUCCAUUGUUUCUGACAGCUAGUAACUUUAAUUCUCACUGCUGUUAAAGAGGAAGGACAGUGGAUCAUUGUUCAAUGAUCUCUGGGUCUGGGUGACUUUACUCCCCAGCAAUGCUAGUUCUGGUGUCAUAUCUAUCUUUAUACCACAAAUUGAAUUUAUUUCACUGGGGACAAAAUAAUUUAAUAACCCCACCGUGCAACCACAGGUACCUUAGUUGUUACACCCCUCUAGCAGAUUUGACUGACUGGCUUGAAUAUGUUGAAGCGCCAUCUAUGAUACCCAUCUUUAAAUAUCUCAAGGCUUAUCACAUAGAAGAGGGAACUAGCUUGUUUUCUCCUGCUCUGGAGGGUAGGACUCAAACCAUUGGAUUCAAGUUACAAGAAAGGUGAUUCCGACUAAACAUUAGGAAGAAAUUUCUGUGACAGUAAGAGCUGUUUGACAGUGGAACAGUCUCCCUCAGGAGGUUGUGGACUCCCCUUCCUAGAAGGUUUUUAAACAGGUUGGAUGGCCAUCUGUUCAUGGAUGCUUUAGCUGAGAUUCCUGCAUUGUAAGGGCUUGGACCAGAUAACCCUUCCAAUUCUAUGAGUGUCUAUGAGUGUCACGGCCUCCUCAAUACACACAAAGCACAAUGUUAAGGCCUGUAAUGAGCAAGCUCAGACAGAGCACUGCUGUUUUUGGUGGGGGAGGAGCCCUAGUGGCUGGUCAGCAAUACACUGGUGGGACCUGCACAGUGAUGUCAUGGAGUGACAUCAUAAAGCUGGGAGGGAUGUUGGAAGCUCGCAGCUGCUUCGUCCAGGAAGCCGCACAACAUUUCUGGGACCACUUCAGCCUCUGAAGUCCCAAGGACUGUGUUGCGUUGAUACAUCACUUUAGCCCUUGUCUAGACAGGAGGAUUGACUACAGAGAGCAAAAGGUAUGAGCUUGAAGGCAUAAGGAUACAUGACUUUACGUCUUUAUAUACAGUUCUUUGAUUGCACCAAUUGUUUAACAGGUGUAUGGGGUGUUCGGGGAGGUGGCGCCCUGCACUCAACUCUCACCUGUGGUUCCUAGAAGUUGUUAGCAUGUGACAGCAGCCAUACCCUGGAAAUGGCUUUGACUGGCCAGCUAAACCAGGGGAGGGUAGCUGAGGGAGUCCCCUUUUCUGUGAAGAGAGCCAGUGUAGGGUAUAAGAAGCUGCCUUACAUUGAGCCUGACCCCUGGUCCAUCCAGCUCAGUGUUGUCUACUAUGGCUGGCAGCUACUCUCUCGGAUUUAAGGCAGAUGUCACUAGGGAUUGAGCUAUGGACUUUUCCCAUGUGUUCACCGUGUUGGACAGUGGGCAAAAGUAUGUGCCCAGCAACAUGCAGGGCUGAGCCACCUUGCCCUUAGUUGGGAAACUGGCAAGGAAGCCUUAGGACCAUUUUCCCACCCCACAGCAUUUUUCAUUUUGUGGGUUUGUGUGUCAGGGCUAACGGCCCUUUCUCACUGCUAGGAUACUAUAGGAGAAAAUGUCAGGACAUUAUUUUCCUUUCCUAUCUCACCUUUUCCUCCAAGGAGCUCAAGGUGGUAGAUGUGGUUCUCUGCCUCUUCGUUUAAUCCCCAACAACCGUGCGAGGUAGGCUAGGCUGAGAGGCAUGACUGGCCCCCAAGGCCACCUUCAGUAAGCUUCACGGCCGAGUGGGGAUUUGAACCCUGGACUCCCAGGUCCUGAUCCGACACUCCGACCACUACCCCAUGAUGGAUAAUGAGAGGGCUUUCUUGGGAGUGGCACCCAUCUUUUGGAACGCCUCCCAUCAGGAUGUCAAGGAAAUGAGUAACUGUGUGUAACCGUUAGAAGACAUCUGAAGGCAGCUCUGUAUCAUAGAAUUGUAGAGUUGGGACCACGAGGGUCAUCUAGUCCAACCCCUUGCAGUGCAGGGGGGCUUGAACCCAUCACCCUGAGAUUGCUCAAGCAACUGAGCUAUUCCCAUAUUUUAUACAUGGAAGCCUUUUAAUGUGUAGUGUUUUACAGUGGUCCCUUGGUUCUCAAACUUAAUCUGUUCCAGAAGUCCGUUCCAAAACCAAAGCAUUCUAAAACCAAGGUGCGCUUUCAUAGAAAGUAAUGCAAAAUGGAUUAAUCUGUUCCAGACUUUUAAAGACAACCCCUAAUAAAACAGCAAUUUAACAUGAAUUUUACUAUCUAACGAGACCAUUGAUCCAUAAAAUGAAAGCAAUAAUCAAUGUACUGUACUAUAAAAUAGACUGUAUUGUAGAUGAUAGAAAUUAAAAUUAUUUUUUACUUACGUGCACUGAUUAUAGUAAUUGUUUGGAGGGGGGUGGCUUUUAUCCAUUUCCGCAGUCACACAAUCAAUCAAUCAAUCAGUAGCUGAACUGGGUUCCACAGUCACAAAAACAAAUUAACCGAAAAAGCCUCAAAAAGAAAAAUGCUAAAUAAAUAGCAAAAACAAAAGUGCCAGACUUAAUCUGUUCUAGAAGUCUGUUUGACUUCCGAAUGUUAGAAAACCAAGGCGCAGCUUCUGAUUGGUGCAGGCACCCCAGAAACAUUAGCCAACAGCCGCAUUGGACGUUCAGCUUCCGAAAAACAUUCAAAAACUGGAACACUUUUGGGUUCUCGGCAUUUGACUACCAAGGCAUUUGAGAACAAAGAUACCACUGUAUUAUGGUUUUUCUAUAUGUUGGAAGCUGCCCAGAGUGGCUGGGGCAACCCAGUCAGAUGGGCAGGGUACAAAUAAUAACAUCAUUAUUAUUAGUACUAAUAACUAGUACGUUUCAAGGAGGCUCCUCCUUUUAAGACAUUACAGAAGAACAUAAGAAGAGCCUGCUGGAUGAGGCCAAUGCACUCACGGUUGCUAGCUAGACAGGAAUCGCGCAAACGGGGUCCGAGUUCGAGGUCGCGUUACGCUAUGGGUCAACGUAUUUUUAUUUUGCAGACGUCUUCCGAGUGCUGGGCUUACCUCGAUGGAGCCGGACAUUCUCCAAAGCCACGCAGACACGAACCCGUGUGGCCGAGUCCCUGAGCCGGGGCCCCAGUCCCCAGCGCCUGUGGGCAAGGGGAUGCCCGGGAUGGUCCAGGGCGGGCUGAGCACCCUGUACCUGCACUUUCUCUCCUUGCGGGUGGGGCUCCUGGACUGGUAUUUCUGCUUCAAGCAAAUCCAGUGGGACCUCCUGCGGUGGAUCCACGCCUCCUUCGAACUGGCCACCGACUUCUUUUUCUGCUGGGCCCAAAACAUCCUCUUGGCUUCCAUGAUGCUUCUGCUGCUGGCCUGGAGGGCCCGGGACGGAGCCAAGGAGCGCGGGUGGAGAUCAGUGCUACGGGGCUUGGUGAGGGGGCCCCAAAGGAGGUUGGGUCCUGAGGAGGAGGGCAGGGGAGCCGGGGCUGAAUCCUGACCCUUUGAUGUACUUGGAAGCCUUUAUUGAAAGCCGCUUCUCCAGAGCCUCGCAGAGAGCAGCUUGCAGCAAUAGCCAGUAAUGGAAACAUAGAGGUAGAAUUGGAAAGGGUCAAUCUUGUCCAACCCUCUACAAUGGAGGAAAGAUGCUCUCUGCCUUCAGACUUAGGACCCCAUCUGCCCUCUCUACUUACAGCAGCAUCCUGCGACUUUAAACAGGUAACGGCUUCUCACAAAAGAACCCUGGGAAGUGCAGUUUCUUAAUGGUGCUGAGGGUUGCUAGGAGACUCGGAUUCCCCUUGCGGAGUGACAGUUUCUCAAGAGUGGUUUGGCCGUUGCUGUUUUCCCUUUGGGAACCAUAGAAGAAUAGGGUCACCUCACGAUUCUCAGCAUCCUCGACAAAAUGAUGUGUCCUGGGAUUCCGCAUCCUUGACAAACUGUUUCCCAGAAUUCUUUAUGGGGAGGGAAGCUGAGAUUGUUUAAAGUGUUACGAUGCCGAAGGAGCGUCUCCCCCCAUCGUUCAGCCCGGACACUGAGGUCCAGCUCCGAGGGUCUUCUGGUGGUUCCCUCCCCGCGAGAAGUGAAGUUACAGGGAACCAGGGAGAGGGCCUUCUUGGUAGUGGCGCCCACCCUGUGGAAUGCCCUCCCAUCAGAUGCCAAGGAAAUAAAUAAAUAACUGACUUUUAGAAUAUAUCUGAAGACAGCCCUGUUUAAGGAAGUUUUUAACAUUUGAUGCAUAAUUGAAUUUUAAAUAUCUGUUGGGAGCCGCCCAGAGGCUGGGGAAACCCAGCCAGAUGGGUGAGGUAUAAUUUUUUAUAUAUAUAUAUUAAAUGGAUAGUUCAGAUGGGACCUUAAAUUCUGAAAGGCCCAACACAAAAGGAAGAAGGAAUUGGGGAGGGGGAGGGGGCCUGCCAUGGCCGCAAGGAGGCUGGCCGUGGCUAUAGAUAGCCUCUGCAGGACUUGUCACCGCUGAGGGAAGGCCCACCAUGGAAUAUUGAGAGUGCCUGGCCCUGUCCUUUACAAUUUGGGGGGUGGCGGCUCUUGGCCUCCCGUAGAUGCCCCCCCUGUUCUUAGAUGUUCUUUCUGGUGGUGGUAGCAGCCGGGGAGCAAGCUCCUGCAAUGCCGUUCUUUCUCUGGCUGACGGUUGACCCCGAGUUGGUUGUCCCCCACACCUCCCCACUUCCUGGGAAGCAGAGAGCUGGCCCCACAUUGGCCCUAGAUCACCAGGCAGAGGCCAGACUCUGCUUCCUGUCUGAUCUGCCAUCCUAGAGCAACUUCUUCCUUUUGUCCGGCAUGGCAACUUAACUGCAGGAAGUAGUAAGGAUUUUAAUUUGGUAAUUGUGUUUGUAGACAGAAGUACCCAUUUAUGAGCUUUGCUGUUUAAAAAAUAUUUUGAUUAGCUUGCCAUUUCAAUGAUCAUUUCAGAUGGUUUAAAAUGGUGAUUUAUUGUAUGCGGUUUGCCGCAAUAUUUAUUAUACAUUUAUUGCAAUUAUAUCCCACUUUUCUCCCAAGGUGGGAGCUCAAGGUCCAUACAUGGUUCUCCUCCCACUCCUCAUUUAAUCCCCAAAACAAUCCUGUGUGGUAGGUUAGUUUAAGAGAGGCAGUGACUGGCCCCCAAGGUCACCCAGUGAGCUUUAGGGCCGAGAGGGGAUUCGAACCCUGGUCUCCCAGGUCCUAGCCCGACACUCUUAACCACUACACCACAUUGGCUCUGGUGGUGUAUAGAAAUGAAUGACUGAGUCAAUUCAUGAGCCGUUCCUCCCAGCACUGCUGUUUGCCCUGCUGGGUGUGUGUGGCAUGUUGCUAGUCCCUAACAGCCCUCGCCUUUUCCUUGCCAGGCUCCGAAGGGUCUGAUCACUCGGGUUUUUUCCUUGCUGAAUGCCUGCUGCCGGUACCUUGAGAGCCUUGUGGCUCGGAUCGUUUGGGGUCUGGCUUUCCGCUUGACUUGCCCCAUCGCCUGCAUCACCCAGGCCCUGGAAAGCACCUUUCAGCAUGCUGUCGAAAUAGCAAGCGAGGAGGAAGAUGAAGAUGAGGAAGAGACUGCACUGGUGCCAAUGCCAUGCCGCGCCAACCUUCUCCCCAAGCAAGAGGAGCGGACCUAGCUGGCGUCCAAUAAAUGGCACUGGAAGCGA